AUGCCGCCACAAUUUGGCCGUCUCGGCAUCCUAGCCAUCGUCUUCGCCUUCCUCUGCUUCAGCGCCUGGCGUUUCUCCCACCACGGUAUCGUAAGCGACUCUACCAUAGGUAAACUCUCAGGUUCCGGUUCCGGUCACAUUAUCGAUGCUCAUGGAGAUUACAUUCAAGGAUAUGUCCCACCAAUCCACGAUACAAGUCACAAGCAUGACUACAAUGCCAAUGCUCCUCCUCCUCCCUCUCCUCCAUCCCCCCCUUCCUCUUCAAAACCGAAGGGAAGUAGUGAUGACAUAGAUGGAAUGGACCCGGAUGAUUUAGGCCUGGGUUCUGAUCUAGCGGUCGGAGAUGGGAAGAAAGGACAGCAAGGCAAAGAUAAUAAUAAAAUCUAUGUAACUGUUACGGUUAAGGAAGUUGAGACUAAGACGGUAACUCAAGAUCGGAUUGUUACGGGGAAACCUUCUGAAGAAGUCCGAACGACGGCGACGGCAACGUCGAGUAUUAGUCGCCGGUUCGAACGAUAUGCUGGGUUGGUUGAGGAUUACAAUGAACUCUUAACACCGAAUGAUCAGAAGAUCUUGGGAGAAAUGCAAACCAAGAGUUCGAGACAGGAUAGAUUAAGGAGGAUGUAUGAUCUUAAUGGAGCGGAUGAAUGGUUGCAGUUUAUUAAAGAUCAGGAUGAUGCGGCCAUGCCACCAUUCACCAAAUUCGCCCAAGAAUACAUCUACAACUGGCAACACCCCGACCCUUCCGACUGCAAAAACCGAAAAUUCCUCGUCCUCCACCAUAACAGAGAUAUCAAUGGCCUAGGCACCGUCGUCCACGGCACAGGCUGGGUCCUCGGCCUCGCCAUGCGUCACGGCCGUAUCCUAAUCUACGAUGACGAAGUCUCGCCGGGUCAAAACUUCCUAGAACCGGACUGCCAAGCAAGCGGUAUCAGAUCUCUCGACUGCAUCUUCCUACCCCUCAGCAGCUGUAGCAGUACCCACCAUCUCACGGAAGAUAACCAUCUCAAACUCGAAAGUUACUGGAGAAUCCCCCUUCACAUCAACAUGUCGGCUGCCGCCGUACCCCCACUGUUCGGACAAAUGCUCAAAAACAACUUCCCAGAGAUGCACCCAGACGCUAUGAAGUACUGGUGGCGCUCACAAGCUGCGGCAUAUAUGAUGCGAAUGAAUCGUCCGGCUUUGGAACGUUUAAAAGCCCUCCGUCUGGAUGAAGCCCAGAAUACAGCAGUUACACAUUCCUCCACAGGCGAACUUGUUGAUGCUAAAGUCCCCUUCCCGCUUCCAGAUGGUAGUUUUAGCAUGCACGUCCGACACGGUGAUAAGGGUAUCGAGAUGGAACUUAUCCCCUUUAGAAAAUAUGUGGACCGGGCAGAGGAGUAUGCGGCCAUGAACAUGAUAAUGACCAAGAAGACAUGUUUCAUAAGCACCGAAGACAUAGGGGUUAUAGAAGAAGCGAAACAAAUCGGAAACGCAUGGAUCAGUCCUAAUACUACUAGUAACCCGAAUUGGACGUGGAUUUGGAGUAAUAUUCCAAGAAUUAAUGGUGGGCCCGUGGAGCAGUUGAAUAAGUUUGGAAAUCGAACGGAUAUGACCAUAAAAUGGAUGUUGCAGAUGUUCUUUGCGAUUGAGGCACCUCAUAUUCUUGGUACGAGGGGUAGCGGGUGGAAUCGGAUGAUCGAUGAAUUGAGAUGUAUAUGGGUCGAUUGUAGAGGAUCUUACAUGGAAGUCGGACCAUUUGAAGAUUGGGUUCACUACAAUUUUUGA